AUGUGGUCAUCCAGCCUGCUGGUGCUGAGCACCAUCAUCCUCCCAGCCUCCACUGCCGUCGUCAAGGAGGGUUCAACAUGCAUCGUGACACCGAUCUCUGCGACACCAGCCGCCAUCGCACUCCGCAGCAUCGACGCCGUCCCCCCCGUAGGCCCUGAGAAGCUCUCGCCGCGCCAGGACCGCCCGGACGACACGUCGCAGAUCCUCUCGGCCUUCUCCCAGUGCGGCAGGGAUGGCACCAUCAUCUUCCGCGAGGGGACCUACCACAUCCGACAGGUCAUGGAUACGGCCGACCUGCGCAACGUGUCCAUUGAGAUCUAUGGCACGUUCCUUUGGAGCGCGGAUAACUUGAGCUACUGGCGGCAGCGGAGCUUUAGUGUCACCUAUGCGGGCCGCCAGACGGCGUGGCGGAUCGGCGGGAGGGAUAUCACGAUGAAGGGGUUCGGCAAGGCUCUGUUCGAUGGGAACGGGCAGGCGUGGAUUGAUCUUGCGAGGGGCCAGGGGAAUUUGAAUGGGCGGCCGAUUAACUUGACAAUAUGGAGGGGGACGAAUGUGUUAAUUGAUGGGAUUCGGUGGCGCAUGGCGCAGUUCUGGCACACCUUCGUCGCCCACUCGCAGAACGUGACCAUGACCAACCUCGGCAUGCAUACCUUUUCGACGAACGGGCAGAGCUCGGACUGCAUCGCGAUCAAAGGCAACAGCAGCAACGUCCAUGUCAGCAACAUCGUCUGCCACGAAUCGGGCGCCAUGACACUCGGCAGCGUCGGCUCCAACGCCGUGCAGCCCGACUACGUCGAGAACGUCGUCUUCGACAACAUCACGGCCAUCCACUCGAGCAACGCGGCCUGGAUCAAGACAUACCCCGGCACGGGCUACGUCCGCAACGUCACCUUCCGCAACAUCAAGUUUGAAGACGUCAACCAGCCCAUCUACAUCACCUCGUGCAUCUACUCGUACCAAAACUGCGACUCCUCCCGCCUCAAGAUCAGCGACAUCCGCUGGGAGAACAUCACGGGUACGAGUCGGUACAACGUGGCUGUUGGGAUCCACUGCAGCGCGUCGACGCCGUGCGAGAACCUGCGCUUCUCGGGCAUCGACAUCCGGCCCAAGAACGGAGGCGCCGCCAAGAUGCUGUGCUCGAAUGUCCGGAACCAGGCCAGCUCCGGCUUGCAGUGCACGGGGCCGUGCCCGGGCUCGCAUCCGCAGCAGUUGUCGGGCAAUGUGUGA